AUGGCCACGUCACCAGUCUCGUCGAAAACAUCCACAACAAAAGAUAGCUGCAGAAGAUGUAGAGAUAUCGGUCUCCCGAAAAUCUUCGCCGGAAACAUUAGCUUUGAACAUGCCGAAUUCGUUUGUGAUCUUGACGCAUCGGUCGACCAGUUAGAGGCAUCGGACUGUUCGCUUUGCCAACUACUUGCAUCAAUGGCACCGUCAGAUCUCGACGAUGAUGGCAGCGCCAGGGUUAAGAACUGCCAUCUACGUGCAUUUUCUAUGGGCAGGAUAUUUCCUACCCUGAGUCCAACUAGUCCACUAAAUCUUCCUGGAUCCGGAGACACAACAUUGCUAGCCGUUCUGCGGUCCGAUUUCGCCGAUUACAGCUGGUCCCAAUACAACCCCUCAUUCCAUAAAACUGUGCGAUCUCUAGAAGAGACCGGACUUCUAUUUCCUUACCAAGGUAAACUUCGCCCCCCUCACUUUGACGUGAGAGAAAUCUCGGCUGGCGAAUUCGACAUUAUGUUUGCUAGAAAGCACCUGGAUUAUUGUCGGAUAAAUCAUGGCGAUGCAUGUAGUCUUCGGGAAGUUGAAUAUUUCUAUCGUGUCAUUGAUUGCCAUGCAAUGACCAUCAUCACGGCUCCAUCGGGUUGCAAAUACGUUGCUCUAUCGUAUGUAUGGGGUCAGCAGCCGUCGUCGAGUUCUCCGCCUGCUAUCAACGAUCACUUAGCCCAACCUCUUCUCACCAACGCUCCAAAGGUCAUCCUGGAUGCUAUUGAAGUUGCUAAGGCUUUAGACCUUCAAUAUCUCUGGGUCGAUCGCUACUGCAUUAACCAAUCGGACCUGUCCGACAAACACAGCCAAAUUGGCCAAAUGGACAUGAUAUACGCUAAUGCCCAAGUAACCAUUAUUGCCGCCACUGAGAACGGCCCUGAGCAUGGGCUACCUGGAGUUAGGGGAACUGCCAGGAACUCCCAGCCGCAUUUACGUCAAGGCGAUAGGGCUUACAUAUCUACACUUCCGCACCUAAGGUCGGCGAUAAAUAACUCGAAGUGGGCCACUCGAGGCUGGACGUACCAAGAAGGGCUUCUCUCAGCUCGUCGUAUUAUUUUCACACAGCAUCAGGUAUAUUUCGAAUGCAAUAGCAUGUAUUGCGCAGAAGCAGUAAUUCUACCUUUGGAUGCAAUGCACGGAAAAGGCAGGGAAAGAUUCAACCCGCUUUUCCCUCCCGGCGCUUUCAAUUGGGAGAUCACCGUCAAAGAAUCCAGGAGAAUCAUUUCGUAUAUCCAUGAGUUCAGCAGGAGAGAGCUGACUUUCCCAAGUGACGCCCUUAAUGCCAUGCAGGGAAUAUUUAGCCAUUUUGAAAAAGCCAAAGCGCCGGUUUACCAGAUGAUGGGUGUUGUAAUUCCAUCACCCGCUGCGAUGCUAGAAUACUCCAGAGGCCCACCACACCCGCAGUGGUCCCCUGCAAAUAGUCUAGCCAUGGGACUUACCUGGUAUUGGAAGAAGCCAGGUCGGCGGAGAAAAGGAUUUCCCAGCUGGUCCUGGGCUGGGUGGGAGGGAGAGGUAUCUGGGAAAUUAUGGCUCAUGUCUAGCUGGGCCACCCCGCAAAUAGAAUGCGAAGUCUCGAUUGAAAACGAUAGCGGGGCCCUUUUACAGUUCCCUCCUUUUGAGGAGCUUCCUGGAUAA